AUGGAUUUCCCAUUCCAAAGUCCAUCGGACUGGCGCGAGGCAAUUGAAGACAAAGCAACCCGACUGGAAAGCUACCUGAAAGCUUUCCCUGAUUGGGGGAGCUGUCCAGUAUGUGAGAAAGCGUAUCCAGAUUCACUGGGUCCUCACAUCGCUGGCAAAGAGCACUUCAGAAAACUCUGGUGGAAGAUCCACGAAGCUCCCAAACAGGAGUGGAGAAAUUCCAGCGGCAAAGUGAUCACCUUUGAUCAUCUAACUGGCGAAAUCGGUUUCGGCGAUGAUCGACCGGCUGGAUCUUAUGCAGCUCCACCUGAAGCUUCUCCUUAUCCCAGCUAUCCCAGCUAUCCCAGCUAUCCCAGCUAUCCGAGUGCCGAAGUUGCUGAAGUUGCACCGCUAGCGCUUCCGGAGCGGGUGCCAGAGCGUGUCUCAGCACCGUUCUUGGAGAGAGAGGAGGAUCUGCGACCAUCCAAGCAGCGGCUUGAUGAGUUGUGGGAGCAAGGGAAACUCUACUGCGAUGCUUGUGGACGAAUCCGGCCAAGGGAGGUAUUUCACAAGCCGCAGCAGAAAUGGAGCCUGGCAACCAGAAGAUGCAUCGAGUGCACCGAGCGGGCCAACUACGAAUCCAGCUUUUUGCAAUGCGCCAGAUGUCGGAAGAGCCCCUUGGCAGGUGAGCCAGGGGAGCUAGGGGAGCCAGGGGAGCCUGCGAUCUUUGUGGCUUUGGUGCAUCCGGAUGUUCAUUGCAACAUAGCUGUGGAAUGCUGUGGAUACCAAGGCCUUUUGCGUGAGGAGUUCGCCAAAAGUGUCCGCAGCAGCAAUGAGCCGAUCUGCAGAGCCUGCAAAGUAGAGCUGGAUAUCGAGUCGAGCAAGUUGAUCUGCCGCAUUUGCGAGCAAUCGCUGAACCGCUCCGACUUUCGAAAGAAAGUGGAAUGGGAUGCUCCAAAAUGUGCCGCUUGCUUGUGCCAGAAGGAAAAGAAGGCCUACGAGCAAUUUCUCAGGGAAAGAGAAGAAGAGGCUGCGAGACAAGCCGAACUGCGAGAAGAAAUGGCUGAAGAGCAACUGAGAGAGAACUUUCAGCAGCGAAUUUUGGAUCGCAUGUCCCGCGUGAGACUCCCAGCCUACCAGAUCUUCCAAGAGGAGAGGAAAAGCUGGGCCAAACGCCUCAUGCAGAACAUCCUCAGUUUGGAGGAGCUGAGUGAUCAGUGGAGAACGGAGACCCCGUCUCGGGAUCAUGCUUCAGACCGAGAAGAGGCAGAGAGGUUCAAAACGCUCGAAGACCUGGGUGAUCGACUUUUCAAGGAUCUUGCAUACUCCUUCUUUGAAGAGUUUGUCAUGCAAGAGGAGGAGGAAAUCAUGACGUCCAGUGCUUUGGCGCGACGUGCAGAGUGCAGACACCAUUCGCUGUUUCUUAGAGGUCGGGUGGUUGCAUGCAUCAAAGCUGUGGGAGGCAAUGCAGUGCUUGCAAGAGCCCCACUGCUGGAUGUCAAGUACCAUACGGGAUGGAAGCAGAUUUCGGCCAAUGAGCUUUACGUGCUUCAGUCGCUGGAUAUGGAGCUCAAGGUGAAAACCUAUCCAGAAGAGAUCUGGAAAGAUGUGAAGGACGAUUUGUUCGAAGAUGACGACAGAGGCUCCCACAACAAGAUCCUGUCAAGGCUCCUCAGUAUGGCCGGUGGUACCUCAGAGGGCUCCAACCGAACGGAGACCUUGAACUUCUGCGCCGACUUGCUUGGUUUCCAAGCACCAGAUGAUUUGAAGUACAGAAUUUGGGAGGAGCACUUCUUGCAGUUCCUGGAGGUCCAAAGAGUCCCUAUCCAGUACGGUUCUGGCAAGCAGUUCAAAUUGGACAAGAUCUGGGCAUCGAAAAAAGAGGCAAAUUGUCUCGAGGCCCUGAUGGGAUCGCUACAUCAAUCAGGUUUCCAGCAGCAAUGCAAGGCUCUGGCAACUUUGGCAGCUUUGUGUCAUUUGGCGCCACCUGAUCUCAGAGUUCUUGUGCCUUCAAAUUGGACCAUGGCAGAGAAGGUUCUUGCUAAUGCGGAAAAGAUGACUGCCAAUCCGGAGCUGUUCGGCGGUGACUUAUUCUUGCGGAAAUUGGCUUGGAAACACAUGGACAAAGCGAAACUGGCGUCACAAAUGGAUCAAUUACUUGGCCGAAAAGCUGCAAACAAAAUUGGUUGAGAAAAA